AUGGAAAAUCAGAACAAUGUUACAGAAUUUGUUCUUUUGGGACUGUUCAAGAAGCCAGAGGUUAAGAUGAUAUGUUUUAUAAUCUUCCUGCUCUGCUAUUUUGCCAUCUUCUUCGGGAACAUUAUUAUCUUCAUCACUAUCAUAUGCAGUCAUUUAAUCCAACAACCUAUGUACUAUUUCCUCUGUCAUUUAUCCUACAUGGAUCUUGCCUAUACUUCCACUGUGGUUCCCAGGCUACUAAGGGACUUAAUCGCCAAGCAAAACUCCAUCUCCUAUAAUAGCUGCAUGACUCAGCUCUUUACUGCUCAUUUUCUUUCAGGUGUUGAGGUGUUCAUUCUCGUGUCUAUGGCCUUUGACCGUUAUGUUGCCAUUUGUAAACCUUUGCAUUCCAUGGUAAUUGUGAGUAGACAGAGAUGUAACACGAUGCUCCUGAUGGCCUGGUUAUUUGCUUUUUGGCAUGCCAUUGCCCAGAUGAUCAUGGUCAUUAGAUUACCUUUCUGUGGCCCUAAUCAAGUGGAUCACUAUAUAUGUGAUGUGAAAGCUCUCUUAAAACUUGUCUGCACUGACACACGUAUCCCAAAUAUCUUAGUCAUUGCAAAUACUGGGAUGGUUGUCUUGGCCACCUUUCUGGUUUUGGUGGCAUCUUACAUCGUCAUAUUAUAUAACCUUAGGAACCACUCAUCAGAUGCUCGACAUAAAGCCCUCUCCACCUGUGCUUCUCAUGUCAUGGUCGUGGUUCUAUUCUUUGUACCCUGUAUCGCCACCUAUAUCCCACCUCCCAGUGCCAGUCAAAAUGAUAAGGAGUUCUCAAUGUUUUACACAGUCAUUGCACCCAUGAUGAACCCACUCAUCUAUACACUGAGAAAUACAGAGAUGAAGAAAGCAAUGCAGAAGGUAUGGGUAGCAAAAAUGGUUUUGAUAUUUAAAUAA